UCGUCGACACGCCCACUAUAAUGGCGCUUCCGGACUGGACGGUGUAUUUACUUUGUAUUGCUUCAGUAUGUGGAGGCUUUUACAUCUGUCGUGUUUCUAAAUGCGCCAGAAUAAGUGCAUGGAAAAACAGCCGGAUCGGUAAACUGAUGGCUCGCACAGAGAAACCGCUGUUUUGGAUUGCGUAUUCUCUAUAUACACGGACCAAACUCGGGUACGUAUUUCAUAAGAGGCAGAUGAAGAAAGCACGGGAGCGGUACCCUGCUGGGCACUCCAAAACUCAACCUACUAUAAUAAACGGCAUCAAGAUCAUACCAGUGCCCAUCUUAUUAGACAAUUACAGCUAUGUGGUCAUUGACACGGCAUCAAAUAUGGCUGUUGUGGUUGAUCCCGCUGACCCUCAGCCUGUUCAGGCAUGUCUAGAGGAAGAGGGGGUGGCGUUACAAGCUGUUCUCUGCACACACAAACACUGGGACCACAGUGGAGGAAACAGGGCUCUAAAGAGACGCUACGGGUCCUGUCGAGUGUAUGGGAACGCUAUGGACAACAUUCCAGGCCUUACACACCCCCUUUCAGACAAAGACACAAUAGAUUUUGGAACUCGGCUGCACUUCAGGGCCUUCUAUACACCUGGCCACACAGUAGGUCACGUGAUCUACCUGCUUGAUGGCCGAGCGAUAGGUGGCCCCAGCAGCUUGUUUUCAGGGGAUCUGGUAUUCCUCUCUGGAUGUGGGAGAAUGUUUGAGGGUAAUGCCUCAACUAUGUUGUCAUCUCUGGAUACAGUGGGAUCGCUGAGCGAUGAAACUCUGCUUUGGCCUGGACAUGAGUAUGCUGAAGAUAACCUGCUGUUUGCUGCUGAAGUGGAGCCUUGCAAUGUUGUACGGGAGCAGAAGUUGCAGUGGGUGCUGCAACAGAGGGGUCAGAGACUCUGCACAUGCCCAUCCACCCUAGCAGAGGAGAAGCAAUACAAUCCCUUCCUGCGGUGCCACUCCCAGGAUCUUCACCGGGCUCUGGGUCUGCAGCAGAAGCAGGACGAGGACUGGACGUCAUAUCGGGCCCGUGUUUUAGAGGAGCUGCGCAGACGGAAGGACAUUUAUAAGGACCGUUAAGGCUUUCAUCCACUGACGUUUGGAGGAUGUGACCACUGAAACCAUUCCAAACUAUUGCUCCCUACGUAUCAAGCAUUAAUGUCAAUUUGAACAGUAACCUAAAGAAAAAAAAGUGAAGUAGACUUGGGCAUUGUUUUGUACACAAACAUAGAUUUAUUUUAACUUUAAGUAUGUAGUAGGCUUUGAAAGGCAUUGUCUGAUUUUUUUUUUGGAUUUUUUUUAAACAAGCUUUCCUGUCAUUCUAAAGCACGUUUUUCCCUUACCUUUGACUCUGUGUUUUGGAGAUGUGUAGUGAAUCCCAUUAAAAAUGACGUUAAAUGCGUUUUGAAUACUUAGGGUAAAAGAAGCACUGAUAUUUAUGAACGGUUUGUCAUAAUAAACCUAUUUAUUAAUAACAAAUAUGUGUCUGCAUUGAAGGUGUUGCACUGUGACAAUAUUGGCGCGAAUACAAAAAGGUUUACGGUAGAUAUUGACACCAGCGUUACUAAGGAAACCAGAGACGCUAAUAAGUUUGAGGCAUGAACGAAAAACACAUCUAGACCGUAUAUAAAACGAGUUAAAUGACUAAUGUAGACGCUGUUAGUAAUUUGUUCCAUUUCCUGUAAUAUUAAAGUCAGUUAAGUCAUUUUAAAGUUAGUUUGU